UAGUCGACCUGUUACGACUUUCUGGAGUAAUUAAAAAAAGUCUAGAAAAUUUGGGGAGUUACGAAAGUGUAAACUAAAGUUAUGGCUCCAAGGAAGCGCAUUUCGAAGAUCGCCUCAGGCAAGGUACUUCCUGGCGGUGCAGCGGACUGCCGACCACAGCAGCCGCCAUUCGGUUAGCACUGAAACGGAUCAGAGUCCGGCGAAGCUUAAGAAGGUCCAGUCUCCGGUCGCCGAGCAGCCAUUUGUGCCCGGUCCACACGAGAAGUCCUGCGAGGCGGCGAAGGACGGUGCCAUGGAGGUGGAACCAACCCGCAGCGACAUCGAACCAAGAUCCGGGGAGCCACUGAUGAACUCAGUGAUGACCAAUCAACGGGAAGAGGCCAAUAAAUUGGAUUGCCAGCGCUUGCAAGAGCUGAUGAUCAUGAUCAACGAGAAUCCACCGCCGAGCUGGUAUUUGGCCAGCCAGAUGUGGGUGAUGGUGGGCAAUUUAGAGGAGCGCAUCGAGGCCUACAAUCUGUUGAAGAAGCACAAUAAGGGACAGGACAAGGAGGCACUGUCGCCACCAGCUGAGAUCUAAGAUAUGGACACUUGAAUUGGAUAUUUUUCUCCAUGUUUUCCUGUUCAUAUUACAUCGCUUACAUAAUAUUGCUCACGCUCUACUUCACAAACUUUAUGGUCAUGUUGCAAUUGAAAUGAUAUUUAGCACAACAAUUUAAGGUUAACAUUUUAAAUAUAUUUGUGCUAUAUUAUCCGUGCUAAAA